AUAUAGGCAGCAUAACGCCCCUUACCUCUUCAUGUAUAAAUAGAGAUCUAACCUCCUCAACUUCAGCACAUCACAACAUACUUACUACUCAAACUUACUACGCACCAAGUUUCCAUCAACCACUUUCUAAGCUAAGAAAAUGGCUCAAGCAAUCGCCAAGAACCAAAUUGUUGCCAAGUACGGACCCUAUGGUUCACAAUUGCCAGAAAACUACUGCAUGGUACUCCAAGAAUGUGAGCAGAUCAAAGAAGUUAUCAUAAGGCAUGGCUUCAUUGUUGACGCCCUUGGGUUCGUCAUAUCUAAGCCAUGUGGGCGUACUGAAACCAAAAUCUUUGGUGGUAAAUGCGGAAACGAGUCCAGGAUCGUUCUCAAGUGUGGUGAAUUCAUCACACAAAUUUCUGGAACAUACGGAAACUACAAGUACCAGAACAAUGAAUGCCUUAUUGGUACACUCAAGAUACACACCAACUUCUGCCCAUCAGGAUAUGGACCAUAUGGACAAGGAAACGGUAUUGAAUGUCCACGCAGUUUCUCUUCUCCGCUCCCAACUAAGGGCCCUAUUGUUGGAUUUUUCGGAAGGCACAACAACUACCUCGAGUCCACUGGAAUAUUCGUCAAAGAGGAUUGCCCAUGCGCUUAAGUAUGCUGUUGAAGUCUUUGGUUAUGAGUAUUAAUGAAUAAGUAAGGUGCUUCAACGAUGACCUCCUACAUUUCCUAUUAGAAGCCACACACUUAUCUUAUGUGAUGUCUUGUAAUUGUGAUUUGUACUCAUCAUCUUGAGGAGCAUUGUAUUGUUGUCUUUGUUGUCUUGUAUGUUUGUUAAAUGAUAUAUAGCUCUUUUUAAAAAUA